ACCCCUUAAUUUUACAUUCCGGUGUGUGUUUUCCAUUCCCAAUUGACAAUUAUUCUUCUUUUCACAAUGUCACGAUUGUUAGUCAACUUAAUUCCACAGGCGAAAAAAUUGGCUACAACAGCUUCACAAACAGUGAUCAGAGUUAACAAAUCACAAUUGAGUGAAAGCAUCAGAUCUUUUUCGGUAAGCUCGAGGCUCUUGGCUGAUUUACAGAUUUCCAAGCCAGCUCCAGAUUUUUCAGGCACUGCCGUUGUCAAGGGAGAUUUCAAAGAAAUCAAGUUGAAGGAUUAUAAGGGAAAAUAUGUGGUGCUAUUUUUUUACCCCCUGGAUUUCACCUUUGUUUGCCCUACAGAACUUAUUGCCUUUAGUGAAAAGGUACAAGAUUUCGAAGCCUUGAACACUCAAGUAAUAGGAGUUUCGACCGACUCUCAUUUCAGCCACUUGGCAUGGAUCAACACUCCUAAGAAAGAAGGUGGUCUUGGAGGAGAUUUGGGAUAUCCUCUGCUCAGCGAUUUGAACCAAAAAAUAUCAAUGGAUUAUAAAGUCCUCAUCGAAGAACAAGGAAUAGCUCUACGUGGACUAUUCAUCAUCGACAAAGAUGGUCUCUUAAGACAAAUCACUGUCAAUGACUUACCAGUUGGUAGAAGUGUCGAUGAAACCUUGAGGCUCAUCAAGGCUUUUCAAUUUGUUGAAAAGUACGGCGAAGUCUGCCCAGCUAAUUGGCAGCCAGAUUCUAAGACCAUAAAGCCAAAUCCAAAAGACAGCAAGGAGUAUUUCAAUUCUGUUAAUUAGGUAGUGUAUGAUGUUAAAGUGCCUUUUGUAUAUUUUUAUUUCUAAGUGAUAAAUCUCGAAUUUUUGUAAGAGUUUAGAUAAUAAAUGUAACUAGUUUUAGUUGACAAAUAAAAUGUUAAAUGUAAAUGUUGAA